AUAUCUUCAGACAUCGUCGACACAUUACAAGCUCGUGUCGACGACUUAAUGGACCAACUUAGCUUCCCUAUUCAUGAUAAAGGAUUGUAAAAAAAUAAAAUGACGUCGAGAGAAUCAGGGAGAGUUAAAGAUGCGGAGAAGAGGAGGGUUUUAGACAACGCAGCAAGAAAACGCAGAGCUAGGAAAGCAAUAGAAGCACUCGAACAAGAUAACUUUCAUGAAGACCCACACGCAGAUCUGGUUAUGUCCAAAAAAGUUCCCAAGUUUGCAGACUCCAAUGAAAAACCUACUAGGAAAAAGAAAUCAAAGAGUGCCGAGUAUUAUAAAAUGAAGUUUAGAAAAUCUUUUGCGCAACUUGUUGAAGAAGAAGCUAGUUUUAGACCUGAUCCACCCAACUAUUUGUCAGCUCAGGUUCCACCUUCCAAAUUUCCUGAUCGUCAUUUCUGCGCUGUUUGUGGAUUUCCGUCAAACUACACAUGCAUUCCUUGCGGAGCGCGAUAUUGCUGCGUCCGAUGUCUCGGAACACAUUUAGAUACAAGAUGUCUUAAAUGGACCGCAUAAACAAUUUUUUUUUUAAUUUUAUGUUGUGAUUUCAUAAAUAAAAUUAAAACAUUAAAUUAAAA